AUAACGUUAAGGUUCUUAAUAUUAAUCGUGGCGUGACAAAUGUAUUUCCAUUUCAGCGAGGCAACGAAACAACUAGGACUUGACGACGAGAAAAUGAUUUUUAGACUAUUGUUAGCCAUCAGCCUGUUGACAUUUACGAGGGCGGACUACGAAUGUGUGUGCAACAACAAUGUGGAACUGGAAGUGAAAGAUCGCGCUAACGGUCACGGGGAUACACUCGGGUACAUGUAUGAGUUUGACUGUAAACCGAAAAUUCCUGGGUCCGAGCAUGCAGCGGUGUAUGAAAUCAUGUUCGAAGGACAGAUUGGCUUCGUCAGUUCAGACGGUGGCAACGUGCAGUCACAGACUUGUCCGGGAGCAAUUUCGGCAGCUGAUCUAGGUAUGGUUCAUGCUAUUUUGUGAAAUAUACCGAAUGGCUCAUGUCAAUUGAGGCCAACGUGCUGUUA